CGCUGUAGACGGAGUGUCGUGUGACUAGCGCAUGAGUGAGGGACGCGGAGAUAGCAAAGUGGAAGAAUCAGAGAACACUGGGAGAAAACUGGAGUCAGUCUGGACUGGGAGUUUGUGUGAACACCCGGUGUAUGCCGAUUAAUGCGAAUUAAAAACUCCCGGUGCCGCGUUUCCAACGAACGGGAAAACGGCUGCGGCCCUCAGGCGGUCGUUGACCCAGGAUUAUGAAUGUUGAAGGAGAAAGCACCAUUCAUAUCAAGGAGAAAAAUGUACCAUCUGUAUGUGGAAGAGUCUGUGAAGAUUCAUCUGAAAUGUCCAAACAUCAGGAGAGUCACACUGGGGAGACACUGUGGAUAUGUGGUGAUUGUGGAAAGGAAUUAUUUUCCCCAUCCAAGCUGGAAAUUCACCAAUGCAGUGACAGCGGGGAGAAGCCGUUCACUUGUUCUGAUUGUGGGAUGAGAUUCGCUCAGGCAUCCAGCCUGCUGAUACAUGAGAGAGUUCACACUGGAGAGAGACCAUUCACCUGCUCCAAAUGGGGAAACUCAUUCACUCACUCAUCCAACCUGCUGAGACCCCAGCGAGUUCACCCUGGUGAGAGACCAUUCACAUGUUCUGAAUGUGGAAAAGGAUUCAUGCGGUCAUCCAGUCUCCAGAUACACCAGCGAGUUCACACUGGAGAGAGACCGUUCACCUGCUCCGAUUGUGGAAAGGGAUUCACCUGGUCAGCCAGCCUGCAGAUGCACCAGCGGGUUCACACUGGAGAGAGACCGUUCACCUGCUCCGAUUGUGGAAAGGGAUUCACUCGCUCAUCCAUCCUGCAGAUACACCAGCGAGGUCACACUGGGGAGAGACCAUUCACCUGCUCUGAUUGUGGAAAGGCGUUCUAUUCAUCAUCCAGCCUACAGAUACACCAUCGUGUUCACACUGGAGAGAGACCAUUCACCUGCUCCGAUUGUGGAAAGGGAUUCUCUUCGUCAUCCAACCUGCAGAUACACCAGCGAAUUCACACUGGGGAGAGACCAUUCACCUGCUCCAUGUGUGGGAAAGGAUUCACUCAGUCAUCUAAACUUCUGGAACAUCAGGGAAUUCACACUGGAGAGAGACCAUUCAAUUGCUCCCAGUGUGGGAAAGGAUUCACUUCCUCAUCCAGCCUGCUGAAACACCAGCGAAUUCAUACUGGGGAGAGACCAUUCACCUGUUCUGAUUGUGGAAAAGGAUUCAUUUGCUCAUCUAAACUAUUGCAACACCAGCGAGUUCACACUGGGGCGAGACCAUUCACUUGUUCUGAAUGUGGAAAAGGGUUCACUUCAUCAUCCAACCUGCUGGAACACCAGCGAAUUCACACAGGGGAGAGACCAUUCACCUGCUCUGAUUGUGGGAAGGGAUUUACCAAGUCAUCCCACCUGCGCAGACACCAGCGACUUCACACUGGGGAGAAGCCGUUCACCUGCUCUGAUUGUGGGAAGCGAUUUGCUCGGUCGUCUGACAUGUUCAAACACCAGCGAGUUCACGCAGGGGAUAAACCGUUCAUUUGCUCUGAUUGUGAGAAGCGAUUCAGUCAGUCAUCCGAACUGCUGAGACACCAGCGAGUUCACACUGGGGAGAAACCAUUCACCUGCUCUGUGUGUGGGAAGGGAUUCAGUCAGUCAUCCAGUCUGCAGGAACACAAGCGAUUUCACACUGGGGAGAAACCAUUCACCUGUUCUGAAUGUGGGAAAGGAUUUACUCACUCAUCUAACCUGCUAAUACACCAGCGAGCUCACACGGGGGAGAAACCAUUUACCUGUUCUGAGUGUGGGAAAGGAUUCACUCGAUCAUCAAACCUGCUGAUACACCAGCGGAUUCACACUGGGCAGAGACCAUUCAAUUGCUCUGAAUGUGGGAAAGGAUUCACUUGCUCAUCCAAACUGUUGGUGCAUCAAAGAAUUCACACAGGAGAGAAACCAUUUACCUGUUCUGACUGUGGGAAGGGAUUCACUAGGUCACCCAGCUUACUGAUACAUCAGCGAGUUCACAGUGGACAGAGACCAUUCACUUGUUCUGAGUGUGGGAAAGCAUUCACUCAGGCAACUCACCUGCUAAUUCACCAACGGGUUCACACCGGAGAAAAACCAUUCACCUGCUCUGACUGUGGGAAGGGAUUCACUCGGUCAUCCAACCUGCUGAUACAUCAGCGAGUUCACUCCGGGGAGAGACCAUUCUCCUGUUCUGAUUGUGGGAAGGAAUUCACUCACUCGUCUAAUUUACUGCUGCACCAGCGAGUUCACACUGGGGAGAAACCAUUCACCUGCUCCGAGUGUGGAAAGGGAUUCACCAGGUCAUCCAACCUGUUAACACACCAGCAAAUUCACAAAGAACCACAUCACACUGGGGAGAAGCCUUUCACCUGCUGUGCCUGUGGGAAGGGAUUCACUCAGUCACACAGCCUGUGGAUACACCAGCGAGUUCACACUGGGGAGAAGCCAUUCACUUGCUCUGAUUGUGGAAAGGGAUUCACUCAGUUAUCCAACCUGCGAAUACACCAGCAAGUUCACACCGGAGAAAAGCCGUUCACCUGCUCUGAUUGUGGGAAGGGAUUCACUAAGUCAUCCAACCUGCAGAUUCAUCAGUGGGCUCACACUGGAGAGAGACCAUUCACCUGCUCAAUCUGUGGGAAAUCUUUUGCUCAGUCAUCCCACCUGCGGAUACACCAGCAGGUUCACACUGGGGAGAAGCCAUUCACCUGCUCUGAUUGUGGGAUGGGAUUCACUCGGACAUCCAACCUGCGGAUACACGAGCGGGUCCAUACUGGAGAGAGACCAUUCACCUGCUCAGUGUGUGGGAAAGCAUUCGCUCAGUCAUCCCACCUGCAGAUCCACCAGCGAGUACACACUGGAGAAAAACCAUUCACUUGCUCCGACUGUGGGAAGGGAUUCCCUUCAUCAUCCAUCCUGCUGAAACACCAGCGAAUUCAUAGUGGAGAGAAACCAUUCACCUGUUCUGAAUGUGGAAAAGCAUUCCAUUGCUCAUCUAAACUGCUGAUACACCAGCGAGUACAUACCGGAGAGAAACCAUUCACAUGUUUCGAUUGUGGGAAGGGAUUUACUCAAUCCUUCUACCCGCUGAAACACCAGCGAGUUCACACUGGGGAUAAAUAUUCACUCAGUCAACUCAUCAGCUAAUACAAUAGUGAAAUGACCCUGGUUAAAUCUUAUUCGUCUGCCCUGUUUGUCUAAAACGCUUUGAUUGCUAACACCCCAGCAAACUCACAAGUACACAGAUGAAGCUUUGCUUUUAGUCACAUAGCAUGGAAUGAACCUUGGUCAUUGACUGUUUGUACUGACGUUAUUAAAGACGUUUCUAUUAAACGUGCAGAUGUUAUGGCUAAAAUAUCGAUACAAUUGUGUAUCUGUAGGAUAGGUUCUGAAAAUAAUCACAAUCUCACUGUAUUUCAGCACAUUUAGAACGGUUGGAGACUGCCUAUCUGCAUAUUGUUUGUAAUAUGAUUUUGUAGUUCAUCAGGAAUGAUUAAACAAAUUCCCCAGUUAUCGUCUGCAUUGGAUUUUGAUGCUA